AUGAAUUUCUCUAUUCCAAUGUUGAUAAUAACAACAUUAUGUCUGUUGAUUGUUCCAGUUGUAAGGGCACAGAAUUGGCUUCUGGAUUACAUUUUACCACCAGAUUAUAAUCGUGAUAUGAUGCCCAUUAAAGAUGAUGUUCGACAUUCUAUACAAGUGAAUGUUACACUUUAUAUCAAUAUUUUCCAUGGAACAGAUGAUGAAUUGCAUCUAGAUACGGAUCUAUAUCUUUGUUUAAAAUGGUAUGAUUAUCGAUUGUUAUCGUUACCGGAAGAGCUUGCACCACCACCAGUGAAUUAUAGCGAGCCACGAAAAAUAUAUAAAAAAGUUCAGAUUACUGAUUAUGAACGAUUAUGGAUACCGAAAGUUUAUUUCCGUAAUGGUGUUUCGUCAGAAGUGGUCAAUAGUCUUCGUGAUAUACAAUAUGCAAGUAUUUAUCCGGAAAAUCAUCGUGUAAAAUUCUGUCAACGAUUAUCGACUAUGUUUAUGUGUCAUUUUAUUACAUCAAAUCUACCGUUUGAUGAACAACAUUGUUAUUUCGAAAUUGAAAGUCUUGCAAUAUGGAAUGAUAAUAUAACGUUGAACAUAACAAAAUUUCGAAUGCCCGAUGGUAAUGAACAAUUUCGAGUUCGUGAACAAAUAACCGAUAUUUGCAGACCAAGAUUAAUGGAUCCAUUCAAUCCGAAUCUUGGCUAUAAUUUAACACAACAUUCAUGUGCAUUCGCUCGUGUUCAAUUGGUUCGACAUGUUGGUUAUUAUAUAAUGCGUUAUUAUACACCCACUGCAUUGUUAGUAUUCAUGGUUUUUAUACAAAUGUGGACACCAACUGUAUGUGCACCUGGUCGUGCUAUACUUACCGGUGUUGUUGAAAUGACACUGAAAAGUGUUAGUAUUACCGCAUAUGGUGAGACAACAUCAAGACAUGUAACAUCACUAUUCUGGUGGCAAUGGGGUUGUCAAUUUUUUAUAUAUGUAUCCGAAAUGGAAUAUGCAUUGAUAUUUGGUUGGGCACACUUGAUCGUCGAUAAACAUCAUGCCCGAAAGAAUAAUUAUACAAGUCCGGAUGGCUAUUAUUUUGGCAAAAAUAAUUGGUUCAAAAAAUCUGGUGCAGCCGUAACAAAAUGUUUACAUUUUAUAUACGGCCCAAUAGAUUUUUUUGCCGAUCCAGUUAAUCGUAAUAAAGUGGAUUAUUUUUCACGUGUUGCAUUUCCGGCUGCAUUUUUCUUUUAUAGCUGCCUUUAUGUUGUGGCUAGUUUUCCACCAUGGGCAUGGAAAUAUCGUAUGCAUUGA